UCUCUAGUUUGACUAAAUUUCUCUUCCGUGCCCAACGAACUGCAUCUCUGGCGUCCGCAGCUCUUCUCUCCCCACUGCAGCUCGAGCCUUUCAGCCUCUGGGAGCCAAUUAGGGUCGGAUCCGUCAGCACAACACCAUCAUGAGCACCCUGGCCUCCAGCUCUGCAGAUAUCGACAUAGAAAAGUUGCAACAUCUGGCGAAGGUGGCUUGGUUUAAGACUAGGGCGGUUCUCGAGAUAUUGCGGAAUUUUGAGCAGUUCCCGAUCCAACACAAGACCCCUCAGAGGCCACCGAGUGGUUCUUGGUUUCUUUUCAACCGCAGGGUACACCACUUCUUCCGGAAUGAUGGGUAUCAAUGGCAUAAAAGGACGAAUGGGAAGAGCAGUAAUGAAGCCCAUGAGUACCUUAAGGUUGAUAAUGUUAAGGCACUGAAUUGCUACUAUGCUCGUGGAGAAGAAAAUCCUACAUUCAUGAGGCGGAUCUAUUGGAUGCUUGAACCGGCUUAUGAUCACAUUGUUCUUGUCCACUAUAGAGACGUUCUAGAGGGAACUUUAACAGCUCCGCAACAUUUUGCUAUUAUGCUUGGAGACCAUGAAACAGAUAUGCAGGUGCCAAAUAUUGAUUGUUGUAGUGAAACAAAUGUGCAACAGUUCGCAGUUAUGCAUGGAGACCAUGAAACAGAUAUGCAGAUAGAACCAACACCUGACCAUAUGCCGUUGCAGCAUUUGAAAGACAUCACAAACAACUUUUGCAAUGAGAGAAUACUUGGUAGAGGUGGUUUUGGUGUGGUAUAUAAGGGAGUGCUACAAAAUGGAAAAAUGGUUGCAGUGAAGAAGCUUGUGCAGUCAAUGUCAAGCUCACAGGAGCAAUUUGAGAAUGAGGUUAAUCUUCUUAUGAAACUGAAGCACACAAAUAUAGUGCAACUACUAGGCUACUGUUAUGAAACACAGCAUUUACGUAAGCUUCAUGAAGGGAAAUUCAUUUUUGCUUGGAACACUGAGUGUUUGCUUUGCUUGGAGUGUCUGCCUAAGGGAAGUCUUGAUAAAUACAUUUCAGAUGCAUCUUACGGAUUUGAUUGGCCCACACGCCUCCAAAUAAUUGAGGGGAUUUCCUAUGGUCUACAAUACCUCCAUGAGCAAUCCGAUGGUCCCAUUAUUCACUUGGACCUAAAACCGGCAAACAUAUUGCUUGAUGAAAAUAUGAUACCAAAAAUUACAGACUUUGGUCUGUCAAGACUGUUUGAUAAAAAACAAACUAUUCACACCGCAGUGACAACUGGAAAGCUAGGCUAUAUGCCGCCAGAAUACCUACGAGGUAUAAUCACACCUAUGUCUGACAUAUUCAGUUUGGGUGUGAUUAUCAUGGAGGUAAUAACAGGGCACAGGGACUACCCAUAUGAUAUUAGAACAUCUUCCAAAGAAUUCAUCGAGCUUGAACUUAAAAAAUGGAGAGAUGUGCUGCAAAUAGAACCGGGGUAUACAUCGCUUGAAAUAGAUUGCCAACAAAUAACAAGAUGCAUCCAGAUAGGUCUAAUAUGCGUGAAUCCUGAGCGGACCAAAAGACCUGCAAUGAAGAAAGUUAUCGAUAUGCUUCAAGGUUUGGAAAGUAUGGAUUGGUACAUUAGCAACGAGUUAUCAAGCCGACCACAACAUCCAGGUGGAGCCGCAGUAAAUUAGCAAAGGAGACUGCCACAACGUCCGUUGUUUCCGUCUUUCUGGAAGCAGAGAAGCAUAUCUCGGACAUCGUGAACUCAAACGCCCUGAUUGCCACGAUUGACAGGCCGAUGGGGAUCUGUGUCCUUCCGGACGGCCCAGGACAGCAAUGGGGUGCUCAACUCGUAGACGUCGAACCCGGAGAAGCUCCAAGGAGACGAUGAUCCACAAGGCCGUGUUUAAAGCCUGAUUAAUAAGCAUUUUAAACUGAAUGACCUCCUGUAGUGUUCUGUGCGUAGUAGACUCUCUAUGGUCUGAUUUCACUGUAUGUCAGGAUGGGUAAAACUAUUCUCUGCUUAAGUGAUCGUGGUUGCUUUGAGAACUCGUGUGUGAACGGGUCUCGAAGUACUGUAACCACAUGAUGAUGGAUACCAUUUGCCGUGGAUGUGACACCU